AUGGGAGGAUGGCGAGCUGUGAACACUGCCUACAAAUCCAGCAAGAGAAUUCGGUAUAUCGAUGAACCAAGGGAAGCAUAUAUUAUUGGUCUUACUAGUGGGGUAAGGGCUGAAAAGAAUAGACAAAUCUCCAAAAGCAGCAAUAAGAUAUUUCAUACAUCUGGCUCGAAGAGCUACGCCAGAGUCGCAAAAGAGCUAGAGAUAUCAAAGCAAACGCCACCCACCCGAGCUGAAGUUUAUGUAGUAACCCACACAAAAAGGGAUGGGGCGCCUAGCACUCAAGCAGCUUCGGAGACGAUUGACAAGCUUAAGGAGUUGAUAGCCGAAGAUACUGCAAGAACGAACCCUGUAUGUCCGCAGGGUUCAAUACUAUGGGCCGAAGAUGAUGCGCUUGCAAUGGCAAUGGGAACAGCAGAAUACUCGGGUCGUGUUCGUGGAAUGGGACUUGGGCCACUACCGGUUAGACCCACUUUUCGCUCACUUGCAUCAUCAGCAUCACUCUUGUCCCAAGAAGCUGCAUUCAAUAAUCGAAUGAAUGAAAUGAUGGAAAAAUGGGAGGAAGAAAGGAGAAAAAUGAAUGAACGAUUGGAGGAAGAUAAGAGAAGAGCAGAUGAAGAGAAGAGAAAAGCAGAUGAAGAGAGGAGAAGAGCAGAUGAAGAUAGGAGAAAAACAGAUGAACAGAUUGCAGUACAAAAUUAA